GAGGUCUGUGGCGGCAGUGCACCAUACAAUAUAACCACUGCAUGGCCGCUCCCACUCCAACCAUUCCACUCGCUUCUAAUUUCUCAACUCUCAAUAAUAACCACCGUUACUUUGCAAACCACCCCACUGUUCAACUCAUCGACCGCUGCUCAAAUGCCCACCACCUCAAGCAAAUUCACGCUCAGAUGCUCCGUGCAGGCUUAUUUUUUGAUCCAUUCUCCGCCAGUAAACUCAUUCACUCCUCUCUCUUUACUGAUUUCUCCAGCCUCCACUACGCCCACAAAGUCUUCGACCAAAUUCCCCACCCAAAUCUUUACUCCUGGAACCUUCUUAUUCGUGCAUAUGCCUCCAGCCUGCAACCCAUUCACUGCAUUUCUAUGUUUAUACGUUUACUUCAUGAGGGCCGGGAGAAGCCCAAUAAAUUUACUUACCCUUCUGUGAUUAAAGCCUCCGCCAAGCUUGCUGAUUUACAGCUUGGAAAGGGGGUUCAUGGAAUCGUUAUUAAGGAGGGUUUGAGCUCUGAUUUGUUUGUCGGUAAUUGUUUGAUUAAUCUCUAUGCAGAAUGUAGGUGUUUUGACAUGUCUGCUCGGGUUCUCUCCAGUAUGCCUGAAAGGGAUGUUGUUUCGUGGAACUCGAUCAUUAAUGGCUUUGCUCAGAAUGAUUGUGUUGAUGAGGCGCUCGAAUUUUUUCGCAGAAUGGAGAGGGAAGGUGUAGACCCGAAUGAUGUUACAAUGGUGGGUGUUUUGUCUGCUUGUGGGAAAAAGUUGGACUUAACGUUCGGGAGGUGGCUGCACUCUUAUAUAGAAAAGAAUGGCAUCAGAUUGAGUCUGAUUUUGGGUAAUGCAGUUCUUGAUAUGUACACCAAGUGCGGGAGCAUGAAUGAUGCCAGGAAAUUUUUUGAUAGCAUGGUGGAGAAGGAUAUCAUUUCAUGGACUACUAUGCUUGCUGGGUAUGCGAGGCUGGGAGAUUUUACUGCAGCUAGAGAUCUUUUUGACUCGCUGCCCAGCAAGGAUAUUGCCACAUGGAAUGCUCUUAUCUCAGCCUACGAGCAAAGUGGUAAUCCUAAGGAGGCAAUAGCUACUUUUAAUGAGUUGCAGCUUAGUAAGGAUGCUAAGCCGGACGAGGUCACACUUGUUAGUACCUUGUCAGCCUGUUCUCAGUUGGGGGCAAUGGGAUUGGGGGGGUGGAUCCAUGUGUACAUUAAGAAGGAAGGUGUGAGGUUAAAUUGUCACCUUGUUACUGCAUUGAUUGACAUGUACUCCAAGUGUGGGGAUCUACAGAAGGCGCUUGAGGUAUUUGAUUCAGUUGAUCAGAGGGAUGUGUUUGUAUGGAGCGCAAUGAUUGCUGGUCUGGGCAUGCAUGGGCGUGGCAAGGAUGCAGUAGAAUUAUUCUCGAAAAUGAUGGAAGCUAAGGUGAAGCCUACUUCUGUUACUUUUACCAAUUUAUUAUCAGCCUGCAGUCACUCAGGACUAGUCAAGGAGGCUAGAGAGUUUUUCCAUCAAAUGGAGAAAGUGUAUAAGAUUGUGCCUGGAGUGGAGCACUAUGCAUGUAUGGUCGAUGUUCUUGGCCGAGCAGGGCUGUUGCAGGAUGCUUUGGAGUUGAUCAAGAAUAUGCCAACGACUCUUGGUGCCUCUGUUUGGGGGGCUCUGCUUGGGGCCUGCAGGCUUCAUAAAAAUGUUGAACUAGCUCAAUAUGCCUGCAACAACUUACUUGAGAUUGAACCCCAAAAUCAUGGAGCAUAUGUUCUAUUGUCCAAUAUCUAUGCCUCUCGGGGGAAAUGGGAGAUGGUUUCAGAGUUGAGGAAGCUUAUGAAAGAUGCUGGAUUGAAGAAAGAACCAGGUGGUAGCUUGGUUGAGGUCAAUGGUAGUGUACAUGAGUUUGUAGUUGGUGAUAGCACGCAUUCUCGUUCAAAGGAAAUAUACUUUAAGUUGGAGGAGAUUGCAGUCAUACUAAAAUCUGUGGGUUAUGUUCCAAAUAAGUCACAGCUGUUGCAACUAGUGGAAGAAGAAGAUAUGCAGGAAAAGGCUUUACAUCUUCACAGUGAGAGGUUAGCUCUUGCCUUUGGACUUAUUACCCUUGGUCCAUCCCAACCAAUUCGAAUUGUGAAGAAUCUUCGUGUUUGUGAAGACUGUCACUCUGUUUUUAAGCUUGUGUCUAAGCUUUAUGAUAGGGAGAUAGUAUUGAGAGACCGGCAUCGGUUUCACCAUUUCAAAGGAGGCUGUUGCUCUUGUAUGGACUAUUGGUGAGUGUUAAACGCCAAAUGCACUUUCUUGAUCUAAUAGUAGCUACAGCUGCAUAAGCCUAUGAUCCGAGCCUCAAAGGACUGAUGCCGACACUAUCCGAGUGUAGACAUCUUUCAAGAGAUAAAAAUAGAAGAUCUACAGAUUGACAAGAGUUCAUAUUGUUUGACAAGAUGCUCAAGCCCUCGAAGAUGGAUCGGAAACAAUCUUUGUACAUUUUGUUUUGGACUAUGUCACUGCUAUAAUAGUAACAGGAUAAAGAUUCAAGUAAAGGCUUGAUCAACCUGAAUGUAUAUGCUUGAAGCUUGAAAACCUCCUCAUAAUCACGAACUGAAGCAAAGGUGAAAACAGCACUUGGCCUUUCACAUCUCCUGAAAAUUAUCCCCGUGGUAGAUGGAUGCAAUCACUGUGCAACAAACUUAACUCUGAAUAAUUAGUUACUGGCCCUGGCCUACGGUUAUGCAGAAGGCGUGUUGGCUUAAUUGCAACCUUUUUCAAUGCUUCCACGAUCCACAAAGAUCAGAUCAUCUAAUGGCAUAUAGUUUUACAAUUCAUAUUCACUGACUGAUCCAGCUGGGAGGUGGUUAAGUAGAUGUGUUUUUCAAAUCCUUUUUCAAGUAUCCAUAAAUAGAAACCUGAGUACAUUUGUACAUGAGACGACAUGUCAAUUACUAAUACUUUUAGACAAACGUUUCUGACCGAAAAAACUGGGAAUCCUUUUAUCAUAUGUUGGCUGAAUAUCAGAAAUCGUUUCCCGAGUGGUAAUAAUUGGAACAAAAGUUGUGAAUUGUUUAGGAGUGUAUAUAGAAAGGGGUGUUAUAUAUAUUUUGUUGUGCUUAAUUAAUUGAAGGCUUUGAAACCUAUCUUUAGAAGUCAGAGGAGCAGGAUUAAUGGUGAUUUGGCUAUGAAUAAUUAAUGCCUAACUAUAGCUUGUAGCAAACUUCAGGCCUAUACGAUGCGGAAUUCUCUCUCACUUGUCAGGCUAAUGUUGCAAAAAGCCACAUUGUUUAAUUUCUCCAAGGCUGCAACUGAGGGUGAGGUUGCUCCAUUGUUGCAGGGUAUUGUGGGUUGUAUAUCCAGAGGAUCAAUUGCCAAUAAAGUAUCUUGGAGUCCCACUAGCUCGUGUCCUCUACAUUGACUGCAACAAAUUGUAAAUCUCUAAUAGACAAGAUUGAACACAAACUGGGGACAUAGGGAUCCAACACCAAGCAUUUUUCAUUUGCAGGCGGAUUCGUUCCAGCCUAAUCUCCUAUCAUACCUAUUGGUCAUCACUAUUUAGUAUUUAUAGUGUGAUUAGGGUGAUGGAGCAGAGGGUUAUAUAGAGCAUUCUUAUGGGUUGGGUCGAAGAAUAGAUAGAGUUUGUUCUCCAGUUACAUCAGGUGGCCUAGGCCAACAAAUUAAACUAGCUAACAAGGCUCUCAUCUGCAAACAUUUAUGGGAGGUGCUUCGUGAUUAGGGCACUUCAAUAUAAUCUGGGUAUGGUGGAUCCAUCAGUACAGGCUACAUAGGAAUUCUAUUGCUUCAUGGAGCUUGAGGAAAAUGAUUAAAUUGAGGACUUAUCUCCAUGAUCUAGUGGAGUAUCAGGUUGCUAUAGGAUUAGACAUAUGGUUGUGGACUCUUUAGGGAUACUUGUAUACAGAUUUCCUGACGGUCCUUUAAGGCGUAGGCUUCAAUUCACAAGCAAAACUCUCUGCCGUCAUACAUAUAUAAUGGGGAAUGGAGUUGGCUAGAUACAACAACAGAUGAGAAGAAAUUACGCAACAGCUCCUAGUAUUCAGGGCCAAAGAACUUAAUUCGAUAGAAAGACUCCCCUAAAGGCUAGUACACCUCAACUUAAGCUCAAAAACUGUUCCAGCCUAAACUGCUAGCAGUAGAUUGGCAUUCACUACUGCUUGGGCCAUUGAAGAUGCCAAGGACUGUGUUUAUCCGACCAACAUCUUGGAGAGUUUUGUAUUCUGAGUGUUGAUCAAGAGGUAGAAACCUAGCACGCUUGUUCUUUCAAUGUUUGUAUGCUACUCAAUGCAUUGGACACCUGCAGCAGGAGGUUGGACGGCAAUGGCCAUUUGGCUAGUGGCAACAAGGCAUCCAAUGGGCAGCUUGACGAUGGCGAGGGAAACACAUAUUCAAUGCUGCCUAUAGAGUUGUGCUUGCAUCACUUAUUAUUUAUGGCAGGAGCAAAACCGGAAGGAGAUUCCAGCGCUCCGCAGAUUCUUGUUAGAAUAGUAAUUGAGCAAGUUAGACAGAAACAAUUACUAUUACACACACAAACACACACACACACACACACACACAAGUCAUUUAUGUAUUUCGCGGCAUAUCAAGGUAUUGGUAGCUCUUUCAUAUGCACCUCUUUGUUGUAUGUAUAUCCU